AUGGUUGCUGGGAGGAAUGAUGAUGCCAUUGUUGAUGCAUUAAGGAUGUUGGCUGGAUCUCUUGGUCAAGUUCCUCAAGCGAAUGCUGGAAAUCGGAAUGGUGAUGAUGAUGAAGAGUGCAAUUUGGUACUCACAUGCUGGAAAAGGAAGUUGAGGAUUGGUGGAGCAAUAUGGCUCAAAGGGUUUAAUGAGGAAGGUAUUCAGGUUACUUGGGAUCGUUUUCUAGAUGCAUUUUUGGAAAACUAUUUUCCGGAAGAUUGUCGUGGAAAGAAAGAGGUGGAAUUUCUUGAAUUGAAGCAAGGGAAUGGUACCGUAGCGGAGCAUGAUAUCAAGAAGGCGAUUGGAUAUCAACAAAUUACUCGAUUUGCGGAGUUGGUUAAUAAGAGUCGAAUUCAUGAUGAGGAUAGUAGGGAGAGUGCUUCUCACUACAAGGCUAUAAAUGAGAAGAAAGGUCAAUAUCGUGGAAAAGCGUAUGAUAAUAAGAAGAAAGUUGGUUUUGGCGGAAAGCCAAGUGGGGGAGGAUCUAGUGCUCCGAUCAAGUGUUUCAAAUGUUGUGUUGAGGGUCAUCGUGUUGUUGAUUGUCCCAAAGUUGAAGCGACAUGUUUCAAGAUGUCUACUUCUGAGUUGAAGGAGUUGAAGAGCCAACUUGAGGAUUUGUUGGAGAAGAAGUUUAUUCUUCCUAAUGUAUCGCCGUAG